AUGGCGAAGGUGGAUUCUCGACGAUCACAAGUAGGACUAUUGAACUCUGCUGACGAAUUAAAUGAUGAUAGUGAUGAAGAGCCGAAUGAAGAAGAAGGAAGUGUGAGGCCUAGAUAUCCUACUUCUGGUGGAAUUCGAUAUAGCGGAGCGCGUCACUUUGAUCCUGGUGGUUGUACUGCUGCUGACUGAUUCUUCUCAUUGGCACCACAAAUUCGUUAUGUCGGCGAAAGGAUCAUAGAACUAUUUACUGCAAAUGAAUCGGGUCGAGUCGAGCUUCAUCACGUUGUGCAUCCUAAUAUGCUCCGCCACUCAACUUACAAAGUUGAGUCAAUAGACCUAACCGACGGACUGCCAAAACAUCGAAUUACUGCUAGAGACGUUAUUGACAGGACGCCAUUUUCUGUGUAUGGCACAUUUGAUGGACGAGUUGGCCUUGUGAAAUCCUCCAGUACAAUAGAAUCGGACAGUGAUGUUUGCAACUGUAUUAUAAUUGCUUACCGUAUCUUAUUUAGUAUGACCUCUCAAGAGAUCUGGAGAACUGAAGAUCCAGUAAUAACGAGAAUAGCAUGCGAGAACUUUUCAACCGAAGAAAUAAUUCCAAUAGAGCAAAUUUGGGAGGGGUCUAUGCCUCCUGCUCUUAUUGAUACACGAAUGAACACGUACAAAAAGAUCAAAGAAAGCUAUUCGCUUCUCGCUUAUGGAGAAAUGUACGAUAAAUGUAAGGAGAAUCCAGGCGCAACGAUGCCUUUGUGUUGGACAGCACCACUCCCCGAGGGACUAGAAGCUCCUCCGGACAACAGUUUGAAGCAUCUUACCACGACGAUGCAUGAGUUGAUAUCGGAUAGGCAAAGACACGCCAGUGAUAUCCUAGAAUCGCUUCGUCAAUCGCGUGUGCCACAAGAUGCGGAUAGCCAAUCCACUGAUUUUCCCUUAGCGCCUAGGUAUCAACUCCGAACGUCUUUUUGGCCAUUGACUAUGAAUCGCACUUAUUCUCUUUGGAAUAAAUCUGAGACGAAAACGAAGUUGACUGAGCGAUUGUCCAAAAGUCAAAGCAUUCUUCUUCAAAAGUUGCUCGGAAACUCAUGCGAACGUACGCCAUCGUCAUCAAAAACGCUAAGAAGGUCUAGUUCUACGUCAUUUUCUGAUGAAUUGGUGCAGUUUAAAUGUGUGGAUAACGACCAGACCCCUAUUUCUCAAACACCUUCGUCAGUGGCAGAUGACCACCGAUUUAGAUCUCAAGUGGGGCUAAAUGCAAUUGCUGCGAACGACUUAGAAGGCGAAAUGCGGAACUCAGACGUAAAGAUUAACUUUGAAGGCACCUACAGAAAAUAUACGGAUGAGUUGUCAUUUGUGUUUGGUCGGCUUGGUAUGGAUCCACAUCAAGGAAAAACUUUAAAAGAUGCGCGAAAAAUUGCCGAAGUUGCUGUGAAAGAUGAUCUCGACGAUGGGUCCGAAACUAGCACUUCGACUUUGCCUUAUUCAAAGGACAGUCAUGAGUUGAAAGUAAAUAAUAAGGUGGAUGAUGGACACCAAAUCAAGCUUCAGUACAGAAUAUCCUCUUUCGAUUUUGGACCGGUGGGAUACAGCGGGCUGCUUUGUCUUGUAAAACAGCAUAACAACCGCCAAAGGCUCGUUUUUGUUCCGUUCAUAGCCCCCGACGAAGGGUUUGCCACAAGACCUGAAUUCACCAAAGUAAUAAAAGAAACACGAGUGUGGGAGUCGUUUGACUCAGUUCCCUAUCACCUCUAUCAGCUGAUGAAACUACGCCUUUUCAAUGGCAUGGAUAGGAUAGACGAUGAAAAUCCCCUAAUAUCUCUUUUCCACAGAUUAGCAGAGCAGAUUCCAACGAGAUGGAUGCAGUGGUUACUAAGUGCCUCUCGAAAACAGCAAACUUACAAUGGAAUUAGCAAUGCUAAUGAGCUUGAUAGUGUUAGCGACACUGAUGAACUCUCUGGAAACGAGAGAAGUUCCAUUGCUGGGUGUGAUGAAGAUAGCAAAAACACGUCAAUAGAUGUGAAAGGAUUACCAGGUCUUCUUCAACUAUGCUCCUUAGAAUUGGAAUCCGACGUCACCUGGCAUGACUGUGACUCUUUUCAUUUCACAUUUGUCAAGAUUGCUCGAUCACAUAUCCGACGGAUGCUUUUGGCUCCGUUCUGUUUGCCUGUAAGUGAGGACCGCAUAGUAUCAGAUGAAAAAUUCGCAGCAAGCACUGACAUACUACAACAAAUGCCUGUGAUAUUUCUCUGCCUCAUAAAUGGAGACUCAAUACGGUUUAUUGAAUACACAUUAUAUCUUCGCCGCAAGCUCGGAAAGCCAGUAUUUACUGAUGAUUCAUGCUCGUUUCUGAAUGCGUUUCAUUUCUUCACGACAGUAGUAUCGAGAUACGUAAACAGAAUUUCUGAUGCAGAAAACAAAUCAUCCCCAAAGUAUGUUGCUAGGCGACUCCGCCUGGUGGACAAAAUUCAUGCUUUUGUGAAGGAACAUGCUGGGUCAUCUACAAUUAACCCUUUUAUCAUUCCAAUGCUCCUGAUUAUACUCGGUGAACUUACUUCUACACAUCCUGGAGAUUUCACAAAAAUUAUUCUCAAGAACAAGAAAUUACCCCUUUCCUUGCGAUUGGCUUGGUGUGUGAAUCUUCUACCAACUAACAAAAUGAAAGAAGCGAUUUAUUGCCUAUAUCAGCAGAAAACAGUGGAGAGCUUGACUCUUCCUGUUGAUGAUGCUAACGUUAAAGAAGUAAGUUCAGGGGUCAUCCCGUCGCUGUAUUCAAUGUUCCCUACGAGCUAUCUCAACGCUGCUGAUGAUAUGGAGAAAUUAUUACAUCUCGCUCGUGCUGAAUUCUGCAGGUAUUCGUAUAUUUUGCAACGAAUGAAAAAAUACUGUUUCCGAAGAAGACUGUUGAACUUGGUGCCGCAGAUUUAUUGGCCUGACUUCAAAACAUCGGUGGACAUUUCUUGCACAUUCUGCGGUUCAAGCAAUGAAAUCGCUGUGCGCAAUGCUGAAUCUGCAAUGACCGAUCUCACUCAAGUGAGGUCUCGCUCAACAGUGAGCAGAACGACUGCGAGCAGAUCGUCAGCGUCGAUUAGUGGAAACUCGAUUGGUCCAGGAAUAUCCCUGUCGUUGUCAUCUACAGCGCCAUCUGAUUCAGAUACAAGUACGUGCACAGCAGUUACCGAGUCGCUGUCUUAUGAUUAUAACGGAGUUGAUGGCGGGACAGAAGCAGAGAUGUGCAGUCAUGGUGGGCACACUAAGCAUGUCAUAUCUUGGUUUGAAAAAGAGGAUAUUUGUCCAGUUUUAGGAUGCGAUUGCAGAUGUCUUCAUCUCGAGAAUGGAGUUGAAGGGCGGGUCAGGCAAACGAUAAUGACUCCCUUCUAA